AUGACAAAGCUUUUGAAAUCCGCUUUUGUUUUUGUUGUGACAGUGUAUGCCUUCUCAGUAUUCACAAACGCAGAACUUUAUUCAGGUGAUAAGAAGGAUGCAUUAGACACAAAAGAUACCAGCACAGCUCCAAUUGUAAACACAUGGUGGGCAAAUCCAAAUGCAUUCUUUGUGAAUCAAUUUCCGUUUGGAACGAACAUACCAGCCAGUUUUUGGAAGACGAACAUUUGGAAUGGCAAUAAUGGUGUGUUUUGGAACGCACAACUCAACCCUUUCAACAAUGCCUUGUUCUUUCAAAACGGCCUCAAUCAAGCCAUGAUGUUUCCUGGUCUGCAAAAUGGCAACUUGUUAUUUGGAGCUUUUGGAAACAACGGCUUUGCAUUCCCUGCUUGGAAUGGUGCCAUCUUGGGUGUCAAUAACGCCUUUCCAGGUGUAGUGCCACCAUUUGGUGCUGUACCAGCGAUUCAAGCCAAGAAUGCAGUUCACUUCCCAGUCACUGAAGGAUAUGAUAUUGAGUACAACUUCCCUGGUGGAAAGGCCAAACAAUUCUUUGCCCAAUCCAAGAUUGAAAGCAAAGUGUUUUGA